AUGGAGGAACCUUGUGAGACGAUUGACAAUGGUGAAGCCUAUCAAAUAUCAAGAUACCAUAGCUAUAACCAGCACAGCGCAAGAAUCUCAUCACCGUGGUUGGAUCUGAGAGUGUUCUACGUCAGGAUAAGCAACUUCACGGUGGAGGAUUCGACCCCUGAAGUCCUCACCGUCAAUCUCAUUCCUCUGGAUCGAGAUACGCUUCUGGAGAUGAACGGUGUUAGAAUGAGCAUGUACUCGGAAGGAUGUUCUUCACAGCUCAGGAGGGAUCGAGUUGACAAGAAAACAGAAGAAGCUACUUAUGUCAGCACAGACAAUAUCAGGCUAACUGGUAGUGUGAAGUUUGAGGUUUUCGACAGAAACGAGCUAGUUCUGUCUGGAACUCUUGAGAUGUCUGAUUGUAAUGGUUUCACUGGGGAACCGAAGAAUCGAUGGAGCAUGGAUUGUGAGGCUGAGAUCGCUGCAGGGUCUUGUUUCUUAAAGGAGAAGAGCAAAAACGGUCAAGAGUUGUUGCCCUUGUUGCCGACUAUAGAGGUUUAUGUCACAGGUUGCUUCUCAGGAACACCAAUCAUCUUAACUAAGACUCUGCAACUUGGUCAGAGAAAGAAGCAGAGUAGAAGAAUGGCAUUGGAUUCAAUUCCUGAGUAUGAAACUGCAGAGCCUCAGAAAAACCUCUCCUCUCAGCUUGAUUUUCAGGCAACAGAAUAUUACAAAGAGGAAUACGAAGGAGACAUGUACUGGAGAAGUGAGGAGUACAUAGAUGGAGAGAUGUCAUGGUUCAAUGCAGGUGUAAGGGUUGGUGUUGGGAUUGGACUUGGUGUGUGUGUUGGUCUUGGGAUUGGUGUUGGCCUUCUCGUCCGUACUUAUCAAUCAACUACUAGAACUUUCAGGAGGAGGCUUCUCUAG